CAUCAGCAGUCCUCGCUGAGGGAAAAGCAUGUACCGAUGAAACAGUCAAAUUACACUGGGCCUUUCAAAGGGUGCAUUAAUGUGGAAACCGAUUCUCCCCUUAUCGACAGUUAUUGCAGAACAGAGAUGGUUGAAUCGACGAGAGCAACAAGUGUGUCUGGAAAUGAUGUCAGAAUGAUGGACUACAAAGAUGUGAAGACGUUGAUCGUGAGCAACAGAAUUUACUCUAAGCUCGCAUCUUUCUAUGCCAAGUGCGGGUGCUUAAUCACCCCCCCUCAAACUCUUGGCCAUGCCGCCUUAGCUGUGCACUACGCUAAUGUGAUUGUUCUAAUUGAGAAGCUAACGUCUUCCCCUCACUUGAUCAGCCUCGACAUGAGAGAUGACCUCUACCAUAUGUUGCCCGCUUCCAUUAGAAACGCUCUGAGGGCCAGGCUAAGGUUGCAUAAGAGUUUGGUGUUGAUGGUGCAUGAUGGUGCAAUCGUGGAGAAAUGGAGGACAACGGUGGCGCAAAUGCUGGGAUGGCUAGCUCCGCUUGCUCACAACACAAUAAAAUGGCAAUCAGAGCGGAGCUUCGAGAAGCAGAAUUGCGAUUCUGGGGCGAACGUGCUUCUAGUACAGACGCUGUACUUCGCAGACCAACCAAAAACCGAGGAUGCGAUUGUAGAACUUCUGGUGGGUCUGAAUCAUAUAUGCAGGAUCGGCAGAGUGAAAGUGAGAGCUGAGAGGUUUUUUGGGGAGACUAAGUGCGGCACUUAG